AUGUCUCCUUUGCUUCUUCAACUGCUCUUAUUUAUUCAUUCUAAUGAUCUUUUAUUAGACAUUCUUUUUCCUUUUUUACUCCCGAACAUAUCUUCUUCUUCUUCUUCUUCUUCUUCUUCUUCUAUAAUCCUAUCGACUAACCUACCUACCUACCUUUCUUUCUUUCUUUCUUUCUUUCUUUCUUUCUUUCUUUCUUCCCGACAUCCCAAAUAUACGAGCUCGUCGAACACAUUUCCUCUUGUCAUAAAUAUACGAAAGAAAAAGACGGUUUUUCUUCGCUUAAAUUUGCUUAUUUCUUCCCCCUCUCUCUCUCUUUCUUUCUUUCCUUCUUUCUUUCUUUCUUUCUUUCUUUCUUUCUUUUUUUUUUUUCUUUCUUUCUUUCUUUCUUUCUUUCUUUCUUUCUUUCUUUCUUUCUUUCUUUCUUUCCUUCUCCACUUUACUGACAUCCAAAAUAUACGAACUCAUAGAACAUCCUUUCUUUCCUCUUGCGAUAUCUUUUUCUUUCUCCUCAAUACCAGGAAUCACAUUUUUUACCUCUCUAUUUUCUUUCCUUUAAAAUCGUUUAUUCUCUUUUUCUUUUGCUUUGAUUUCUUUUGUUGCUUUUCUUCUCUCUCUCUCUUUCUCUCUCUCUCUCUGUCUAUCUAUCUAUCUAUCUAUCUAUCUAUCUAUCUAUCUAUCUAUCUAUCUUGUUUUCGGAUCUAUUAUUUUUCUUUUACGUAUAUCUUUCUUUUUAUAGGCAGAUAG